GAUGCGUGGUACGGUUCUGAUGACGCCCCGGACAUACGUCGAGCGUUCGACAAAUGCGGCACCGACGGCAAUGUCAUUUUUGAGAACACGACGUACCAUGUUAACAGUGUGCUCAAUACUACCAACUUGUUCAACUGCCAAGUUGAUAUAUAUGGAACACUCCGGGUGCGUUUUGGAGAGUGGAGCAAUGACACGUCGUAUUGGCUCAACCACUCAAUGCCCACUGGAUAUCAGAAUAUGUCAACAGUUUGGUUCCUUGGUGGUAGAUAUGUUAAUGUUCAGGGACACGGCUAUGGAACAUUCAACGGCAAUGGUCAGGCAUGGUAUGAUCUAGUCAAAGGCCAAUCCAAUUAUCCAGGUACGCAGUGUCAAGAUCAGGGUUGGCAUGUACUGGCUGACUUGUAUCUAGAUCGCCCAAUGGUCCUCACGAUUUGGGAUACCAAGGACUCUGUAUUUGAGGGUAUUCGAUUCCUACAGGCUCAAAUGUGGACUGUGACAAUCAGGUACUUGGAGAGGGUGAUGCUGCAAGACAUCUAUGUCAACAACACUAGCGGUAACAAAAACCCGGCUCGAAACACCGAUGGCGCAAACAGGCUUUUUCCGAUAAACGGCGAUGAUUGUAUUGCUAUGAAGGUCAAUUCAACCAACAUUCUCAUCGAAGAUGCGACCUUUCACAACGGCGAAGGAAUUGCCCUCGGCAGCAUCGGUCAAUAUAAGGGGCAAUUUGAGACUAUUGAAAACAUCACAGUUCGCAAUGUUGUCUGUAAUAACACCAAGUAUGCAACGCGAGUUAAGACAUGGACUGGUGACCAAGUUGGAUAUCCUCCAAACGGUGGUGGUGGUGGCUUAGGUUACUGCAGUAACUUUACUACCGCAGGCAUCACCACUACCCCAAUUCUCUUCAGCCAGUGCACGACGUACAAUGGAGUCACCGGAAACUGCAGCUCUUCACUUUUCAAGAUCUCGGACUUUUCAGCCACGCACUAUCGAGGAACCAGCGAGUUACAUCGCCAAGCUCCAGUGCAGUAG